AUGUCGACAAUUACUUGCUAUCGAGUACGCUACACGUAUCUUGUGUUAUCUCUCACUCAAAUCUAUCGAGGGUACAAAAGGACGAUCAAAGCUGCUCGAGACACUCCAUCCAGUAAUUCCCGUUACAAUAAUUAUAUCAAGAACCAGGCUAGUGAUGCCGCCAUCCUCGACGGCCGCUACGAUCCUGCCAAUUCUACUCCCACAGUGGCCCCGCCAAUUCAACUUUAUCACCCCGUCUUUGCAGAUUUCCUUGGCGCUAUGGGUGACACGAGUGACCUUCCGGAAGAUCUUGUUGUGGAGACCGGCGAGCUGAUGAGGAGCGCGUCUGGGAUUGCAGUUAUAGAGAGGAGUCGCUCUCUUCCGAGCCUUAUGCAUUUGUCCAAAAUACUAGGGUUUCCUCUCUCGCAGGUCGUUAAUAUGAAUAAGACGUCGGCUGACCAUGCGAUACUUCACAGACGAAUGUCUCCUCCUUUUCAAACUGCCCUACUGGCGACUGUCAAAGAAAAGUCGGAGUUGGGGUCUGGAGGGGAUGUGACGACAGAAGGAGGGUGUUCAUACAUAGAUUUCUGGCUGUCCGAAGAUCACCAGGAACUCAGGGAAUGUGGCUGUUGUCCUUCCUUCAUCAUUUGCCUCGCAGGUCCUUGGCUGAUCAUAAUGGGUGCCGUGCUCACUGCCCAGCCAAUAGUUCAGCGCCUCACAGACUUCAUAUGGCUCGGAACCAGCCCUGCCAUCAACGAUGCGCAAUGCAUCCGUAUUGCUGGCGUCCUACGAGCCCUCAAGGCAGGUAUACGCAUCCUCGAUGACUAUUACAGAGAUCUCGUGCACUUGCCCCUCUCAUCUGACGACUCCCACCCCCGUUUCUACCCUUUCCCAACCUCAUUCCAAAAUGGCAACCAGCCACGGGUAUAUUUCAAGUACUUGCAGCCACUUAAGCCCCUCGACCCCGCUUGCGUCGUCUUCCUCGCCGAGACCAUCACGGACAAAAGCAAGGUUGUUGUCAAGUUCGUCCAGACUUAUGGCGUCGAAGCCCAUAGACUGCUUGCGCAACACCACUUGGCACCUCAUCUUUUGUACUGUGAACACCUCGGUAAAGAUAGUGCUGGUUAUGGUGCCUUGAAAAUGGUUGUGAUGGGUUAUGUCGAGGGGGAGGCUGCCACUGAGAUGUUUGACGGUGCACUUGCGCCAAAAGUUGUCGGUGACCUCGAGCGUGCUCUUAACAUCCUCCAUGGGGAGGAUCUUGUUUUUGGUGAUCUUCGAGAAUCCAAUAUUAUGAUUGUGCCAGGACCCAAUGAAGCCGACACUGUGCGGCUGAUCGACUUUGACUGGGCUGGGAAGGAGAAGGAAGUCAGGUAUCCGAUCCAUCUCAAUGUGUCCAAGGAGGUCAAGUGGGCCGAAGAUGUUGGAUCAUAUCGGAAGAUUGAUAAAAAGCAUGAUUUGAGCAUGCUGGACAUCCUGAAAAGACGACAUGUGCCUUAA